UUGUCCCAUUGUUGUUGUAGAAGACGGAAGCAAAUCGGUCGCGGUUUGUAAGUGAUUCAAUUACAGCAAAUUGUGUGUUACAAAAUAAAUUAAACAUACGUUUUAACCCAUAUUUAGGCGAGAUAGUAACCUUGUGCAACAAGCGUUAUACAGUAUCAUAGAUCAGUCACAUAAUAUAGUUUCUGGAUACUUUUCGGACAGUGAAGAGCGCAUGCCUCCACGGCCACAAGGUGUUUCUGUCCAGGUGGAGCUUCUGAAAAUUAGCCAUCUUCACUGUUGCAAUCAGAACUGAGGUACCAUGUCAGACUUCACCAUUGAUAUCCAGCUGACAGAACUAGGGUUCCCUGACAUCUUGCAGCCCAGAGAAAUUACCUGUGUGAAGGAAACACCAUCGCCUUCGGCCUCUAACAAUAUUUCCCCUGGAUCCCUGGCCAACCUCCAAAUCCCCAGUUCCUCGCCGCCUCCUCCUGCUGCGCUCUCCCCCACAGCUGUGGACCCAGAACUGGUCGGUGUAGAACAGCUGGUUUCUGUAGCCUCAAGGACUGCUUCUACAGUACAGCAGGUUGCCUCACAGACAGGUCCUCACAUUACAGUAACCCCAAGUCCCUCUGGGCCCCCUGAGACACUGACAAUACUCUGCCCACCCCCUCCUUCUACACACAAACCGGUGGUAGUGGCACACACUUCACGGCCUGUUAGUCCCAUAUUGCUACCCAAGAGUUUAGUAAGUGGUCAAAGCAAUAGCCUUCACCAAACCCCCAAAAUAACUAAAACUGUCUUGAUAUCUGUGUCUCGUGUUGGAGCUGGUACUGUGUUGACUACUGUACCAGCUCCUUCCACUUCCCCUGUUGAACACUCAAGAACCAUUAAGAAUGAUUCCAAGCUGCCACUGGCAGACCAGACUGCAAUGUUUCAGACCACUCCAAAACCUGUAAACACAGGGAAGCCAGGAAGGGUGGUCGCUGAGGAAGAAGAACCAGGAGAAAAUAUUGGAGAGGGAAUAGGAGGGAAAGAUGUUUUCGAUGAUGGGAGAGUGCAAGGACUGAAAGAGAAAGAAGCAGAAGUUGCAAAGAGUUUAGAGGAGGAUUCUGAGGAAACAGAUGACAGUGAGGUUUCUGAAAAUGAGGAUGAUGAUGAAGAGGAGGAGGAGGAGGACGAACUGGACCCAGAAGCAGAGCCUGGAGGUUCAGGCGAACACCGCUGUAGCGUCUGUGAUCUGGUCCUUUCCUCCAACUUCCAGCUCCAGGAGCACAUGAACCUGCACACAGGGGCACGCCCCUACUGCUGUGCCGAGUGUGGCAAGCGCUUCUGUCAGCUGGCCAACUACCGCUCCCACCUGCGUACGCACGCCCAGCCCCAGACCUCAGUCCCACCCGUACAGCUCCGCUGCCGUGUUUGCCUGAAGGGCUUCGAUUCUGAGCAGGGUUUGAAGGACCACCUAGCCAAGUCCCACUUUGAGAAGGAGUUCUAUGAGUGUGACGCAUGCAAGCGCAUCUUCACCUGCCUGACCAAGUGUGAGGAGCACCUGGAGGAGCACAAGCGCGAGCUGGCGGACCACGUGUGUCUGCAGUGCUGCCGCCGCUUCCGCCUGCGCCGCUCUCUCCGCCGCCACAAGGAGCGGGGUUGUGUCCGCAGCUAUCGCUGCACUGACUGCCCCAUGAACUUCAGCCGCAAGAAUGCCCUCCUCAAGCACAGCUUCUCCCACCUGGGCCUGCUGCCUUACACCUGCAUCCAGUGCCGUGCACAUUUCCGCCUGGCCAGGCUCUACCGUAAGCACGAGUGUGAGCCGGAGCGGCUCCACUGUGUGGCAUGCCUGGGCGUCUUUCAGAGCCACAACGACUUCCAGAGGCACAAGAGGGAGACGGGCUGCUGGGGCCAGCAGGGGACCAAGGGGGAUGAGAUCCGCUGUAUGGAGUGUGGCCAGGCCUUCUCCACGGCUGACGAGCUGAAGAAUCACGCCGGGGCCCACCAGAGGGUUAUGACCUGCUCCGAGUGUGGCAAGGGCUUCCGCUCGGCCUUGAUGCUGAUGUCACACAUGGGGGGCCACGCAGGGUCGAGGCCUUGUCUGUGUAAGAACUGUGGCCUGGGCUUCCCUCACCAGCAGGGUUACGAGAGCCACCUCAAGGACUGUGGACGCAAACCCCCUCCUGUGAUGGCUCCAAAGAAACCACGGAAGGACGCACCUGCUGCUCCUAUCAAACCGCUAGCCCAGCUUGCUCCAAGUUAUCUCCCUGUCUCUGCUCCUGUGAAGAAACCAGCGAGACAAGCGUCAGCACCACUUUCUACCCCAGUGAGAAUGCCAGGCUCUGCCCCUGCCAGAGUCCCUAUGGGAGUCUCUGCUUCUACCCCAGUGAGAAUGCCAGGCUCUGCCCCUGCCAGAGUCCCUAUGGGAGUCUCUGCUUCUACCCCAGUGAGAAUGCCAGGCUCUGCCCCUGCCGGAGUCACUAUGGGAGUCUCUGCUUCUACCCCAGUGAGAAUGCCAGGCUCUGCCCCUGCCGGAGUCACAAUGGGAAUCCCUAACACCACUGCUGUCCGUGUGGUGAGCCCUGACCAACCCACCAAGGGUCUGUGGAAGCUCAGCCUGGACAAACAGCCUCCUCCUGGGGUGUCCUUGGUCAUGUUUGUCCCUGCCAACACCCCUCUGGCCUCUGGACUCUCUGGCCCAUCCUCCACCCCCCAGCUCCCAGCUCUCUCAGGCAUACAGCCCCAGUGGAAGGUAUUCAACCCAGCACCAAAUCCAGGAGCCCCUCCUCCGGUGCUGUGCCAGUCCAGCUUCACCUCUGAGCCGGGCCUGAGCCUCAUAGCAGAGGCAAACCGGCGCUACUCCUCUGAUGCCCCGCUGGAUCUGGCCUUAAAGACAACUUACUACGAACAGGAGCCUGCUAAUUUACUACCUCUUGAUCUGUCUAACAAGUCGACUUGCUCCACUCCUCCUGCUAACCUUGUAGUCAAGACUGAACCGAGAGACCCUGGGUUUGCAGAGGAGACUGAGGAAGAAGUAUUCACAAGUUUAACAGGUACUAAAAAGGGGAUAGUCUUUCAGAGUAAGGAUUCUAAAAUGGAGGCUAUGGCUCAGAAGGGGGGAAAUAGAGAAGGGAGUGGAGCUGAAGACAGGCAAAAUGACAGCAGAGAUGAUGGAACAGCUCAGUCUCAAAUGAAGAAGGCACCAAAGCCGGGAGUCCCGUCAACACUGCGGCUCCUGACCGUCAAACAGACAGAACCCUUGAAGAACACUGCCAAAGUGGAUCUAGUGAAUCAGCUGAAAAUCGAGUCAGUCAGCUCUUUGCACUCCAAAAUGCUUCGGGGCUUAGUCCAGAUAAAGCAGGAACCACUGUUUCUAGAGCCUGACAGUGGAACACAGAGCUCAGACUUCUGUUGGUCCAGCCCGCUGACAGCAUUGAAGAGGAAGAUGGAGCCAGACGUGGGGCUGGACUUGAGAUGGGAUGGGGGCACCCCAGGCUGUGUGCUCGACUUGAGGUUGAAUGGAGGGAACCCAGCCAGUUGUGAUCUGGCGGAGAAAGCAGAGGAGAGGAACAUGGAAAGAGACCUUGUAGAGGAGGAGCUUGAUGGUGGCGAGAAAGAUGGCGCAACAGAGGAGAGGAACAUAGAAGGAGACCUUGUAGAGGAGGAGCUUGAUGGUGGCGAGAAGGAUGGCGCAACAGAGGAGAGGAACAUGGAAGGAGACCGUGUAGAGGAGGAGCUUGAGGGUGGCGCAACAGAGGAGAGGAAAGCAGAUAUGGAUGGAUCGGAGGAGAAGAAAGAGCAGAAGGAUGGAUCGGAGCAGAGGAAAGCGGAUAAGGAUGGAUCGAAGGAGAUGAAAGUGGAUAAGGCUGGAUCGGAGGAGAGGAAAGCGGAUAAGGAUGGAUCGAAGGAGAAGGAUGGAACCGAGGAGAGGAAAGGGGAGGAGGAUGGAACGGAGGAGACUGGCGCCCCUGUUGAUGAACCCACAGCCCAUAACCCAGAGACACAGCUCCCCUCCUCUCCCAUUCCCUCUCCUCCCUCCUCACCACCAUGUAAAAGACGAAGGUCACUAAGGACAAGAGAAAAGCCUAGAGCCCUACGUGACUGUUUACUAUAAGGGCAGUACUUUAGACAGAGUGAAAAAUGGGAUUGCUGACAACAAUGUUAAUUAGGCUGCCUUUUAAUGGCCCGAGAAACAGAGGAAAACAUAACCAAGCUUACUGUAAAACAAUUCAUACUAGGCUUGUUAUUAAAUUAUAAUAGCAACACAUUUUGUGGAUUAGUGGUGAUUUUUAUAAACCAUGCCUCUACAUGAAUUUGCCCUCUGGAUUUGGUUGCUUUCCUGUAUUCCAAUUAUUUUUUCUUAGCUAUUGAAGACUUACUAUGUCUAUGUUUAAUGUACCUGCUAGUGUUUAGUGAGCUAGCUAACAAUCCUUGUUGUUAGCUGCUUACUGUGUGGCAAGAGAUUGAGAUUAGGGUAAAUAGUGGCUAUUGUUUUCUAUAUUACAGUAGUUGCGUAUGUAGGCAAUAGGAUCAUGCACUUCUUCCAGUGUUAUGCACACCUUUCCAAACACUCCAUAUCUAUUUGACUAUACCAAUAUAACUUAUUUGUUUUUUUUGUUAUAGGUUGUCAAGUUAGUCUUCACUUGAAUGUCAUUGUAAUUUUUGUCGUUUCUAUUCUAUAUAAGCUGCCGUAUGGGACUUCAGUCGCCAAGGUUUCUUAUUCAGGUACUGAUGGGGAGUGUUUGGGAGCCAGGAUUUAAUGUACUGUCAACUUUCUGAGAAAUGUUUCUCAACAGCUCGGUUUUUGUUUGAUUUGAGUUCCAUAAUGGGUAUAAUAUGCAAGAAAAUGUAUGUGCUGUCCAAUUAUAAUGUUAAAUUGACAUGUAUAUCUUUUUCUAUCACGUUGAAUGUCUUUACCCCAAAUUCAACUGAAUGGUUGCCGUGUUUUGUAGAGUUUAAAAUAUUCUGUUCUGAAAUUGGGAUCUUAAAGGAUACAAAUAAAGAUCAACAUAUUGGAAUGGUA